AUGAAGAUAUCUUCAUGGAAUGCCAGGGGCCUCUCUGCCCCAGACAAAAGACACUUGGUCAAAAGACCUUUGACCAAGAUGAAUUCUGAUGUGUUUUUACUGCAAGAAAUGAAGAUAAAAGUUGAAAAGGUGGAUGAGUUUAAGAAGUAUUGCUGCAAAUGGGGAGGUCAUUUCCAAUAUGCCAUAGGAUCUAUGGGUGGUCUUGGGAUCCUUUGGAAGCCGGACAGUAUUGAGGUUAGAUGUAUUUCAUCCUAUGAUUUUUGGAUGGCCUGCUCCAUCAAAUGUAAAAGGACCAAUUUGUGUUUCCCACUCUUCAACAUCUAUGGUCCUAUAAGGACUGAAGAUAAGCUAAGGGUUUGGAAUGAAAUUACCAUACAAGCUAAUCUAGGUGAAUUAGGGAAGGUUAUUAUGGCUGGAGACUUUAAUGCCAUAUUAGAUUUCAAUGAUAAAGUUGGAGGGCUAAGAAAGCCUACUAAAGUCAUGGAGGACUUUAGGGAGUUUGUGUACAAUUGCAGGCUCGUUGAUGUUAUUCCCAAAAAUGGGAAAUUCACUUGGAACAACCGUAGACUGAAAUUUUCCAAUAUUUUAGAACGACUUGACAUGUUUUUUGUGGGAGAGUGGUGGAUGUUGAGUAACCACACCCUUAAAACAUCAAUCGAACCUCAUUGUGGCUUGGAUCUUUCCCAAUUACACUUGCAAUUUCCCAUGAACAAGUUGGCUGCAAAAGCUAUUUCAAAUUUCUAA